AUGUUGGGACUCAAGGCUCGAAUGCUGAUCAUCGAUAACUCAGGCGGACUGAUCGCUGAAUGUAUCAACGUCCUCAAGUUCAAAGGUCGACAAGGUCAUGCCCGAAUCGGUGACGAGAUUGUGUGUGUGAUCAAACGAGCCCGGCCGAUUCCUCAAAACUCAUCCGGACCAUCCUCAUCGUCGUCGAACCUACUCGCAUCGAACAAAGUGCGUCGGGGAGACAUUCGACGGGCGGUGGUUGUGCGGACGAAGAAAGAGACCAAUCGGGCCGACGGUCGCUCGAUCCGAUUCGACGACAAUGCUGCCGUCCUUCUGAACAACAAGAAGGAGCUCCUAGGCACUAAAAUCAAUGGGGUCGUCGCCGCUGAGCUGAGGGAAAAGGGUUGGGGCCGGAUCAUGUCACUAGCCUCGAGAGUCGUAUAA